UUCAGAACUCAGAUCUUAGAGAUCUAGACACCCAGAACAUAGAUCUUAGAGAUCUAGACAUCCAGAAUUUAGACCUUAGGGAUCUAGAAAUUCAAAACUUAGGUCUUAGGGAUCUAGACACCCAGAACUUAGGUCUUAAGGAUCUAGACACCCAGAACUUAGGUCUUAGGGAUCUAGACACCCAGAACUUAGAUCUUAGGGAUCUAGACACCCAGAACUUAGGUCUUAGGGAUCUAGACACCCAGAACUUAGGUCUUAGGGAUCUAGACAUCCAGGACUUAG